CCACCGUCUGCAUCAUCUUGAAUGCAUCGGAUUCUCUAGUCGACGAGCCUGGUUUGCAGUCGGAACCAUGAGGAUCAUUGAAAUUAUUAUCGACGGCUUUAAAUCGUACGCUGUGCGUACGGUGAUCUCGGGAUGGGACGAGUCCUUCAACUCGAUCACUGGUCUCAAUGGCAGUGGUAAAUCCAACAUCCUCGACGCCAUUUGCUUUGUCCUUGGAAUUACGAAUAUGAGCACCGUUCGCGCGCAAAACCUACAAGAUCUCAUCUAUAAGCGAGGGCAGGCUGGUGUGACCAAAGCCAGCGUGACCAUUGUUUUUGAUAAUCGCGAUACGGCCAAGUCACCGAUCGGCUUCGAAGAGUAUGCGACCAUCUCAGUUACCCGACAGAUCGUUCUCGGCGGUACGAGUAAAUAUCUGAUCAACGGCCAUCGUGCGCAGCAGCAAACUGUGCAGAACUUGUUUCAGAGCGUGCAGCUGAAUAUCAACAAUCCCAACUUCUUGAUUAUGCAAGGAAGAAUUACGAAGGUUCUGAACAUGAAGGCGGUUGAAAUUUUAUCCAUGAUCGAGGAAGCCGCUGGCACACGGAUGUUUGAGGACAGGAGAGAGAAAGCAGUGAAGACAAUGUCCAAGAAGGAACUUAAAUUGCGCGAAAUUGAAGGCCUAUUGAAGGAGGAAAUUGAGCCCAAGCUUGAGAAACUCAGGGCAGAGAAACGUGCUUUCCUCGAUUUUCAGCAGACUCAGAAUGAUCUGGAGCGUCUCACCCGCCUGGUCGUCGCGCACGACUACCUCAGAAGCGGAGAGCGACUACGGGCAUCUGGCGAGGAAUGUGACAAUAAGAGGCGGAAGGUGCAAGCCCUUGAAGAUAAUGCCGCCAAGCUCAAGAGUGAAAUUGCACACAUGGAGGAAGAUGUAAAGCGGGUAAAGGCGGCCCGGGACAAGGAAUUGCGAAAGGGAGGAAAAUUUCAAGCUCUCGAAGACGAAGUCAAAGCCCAUUCUCACGAACUCGUUCGGUUAACGACGGUUUUCGAUCUGAAAAAUGCCAGUAUCGCGGAAGAAAAGGAGAAGCGCAAAGAGUUCCAGAAAGCGGUAAGCGAUUUGGAGGAAGUGCUUAAGGAAAAGAAGAAGAUUUACGACAAGCUUCAAGCACAGUAUGAUGCCGCCAAAGCAGAACUCGAUGCCCAGACAGCAGAAGUAGAGCAGAAGGAGGAAUUACUACAAACAUUACAAACAGGCGUUGCAUCCAAGGAAGGCCAAGAGAGCGGAUAUCAAGCGCAGCUACAAGACGCUCGUAACCGUGCGAGUACAGCAGUUACCGAACAAGAGCAAGCAAAGCUCAAGAUCGCACACCUGGAGAAGAGGAUUAAGGAGGAAGAACCGAGAGCGAAGAAGGCUAAGGAGCAGAAUUCGGGCCUCCUGAAAGAUCUCGAGGGCCUGAAAUCUCAAGCCAAAAAGCUCGAAGCUGAGCUAGCCAGGCUUGGGUUCGAACCUGGUCGAGAAGACCAGCUCUACCAAGAGCAAAGCCAGAUCCAGAGAGAGAUCCGUGAGUUGCGCCAAAGAGCUGACGGGCUUCAGAGGAAAGUUGCGAACAUAGAUUUCAACUACACCGACCCACACCCGAACUUCAACCGAUCCAAGGUGAAGGGAUUGGUGGCCCAGCUUUUUACCUUGGAUAAGGACAAGCUUCAGGCCGCAACAGCGCUGGAGAUCUGCGCUGGAGGUCGUUUGUACAACGUCGUCGUCGACACUGCCGAGACCGGUACGCAGCUUCUUCAGAAUGGAAAGCUUCGCAAGCGGGUGACCAUCAUUCCACUAAAUAAGAUCUCCUCGUUCAGAGCAUCUGCAGAGAAGAUUGGGGCUGCUCAGAACAUCGCUCCUGGCAAAGUCGAUUUGGCCUUGUCUCUUAUUGGGUAUGAUGACGAAAUCACUGCAGCGAUGAACUAUGUUUUCGGAAAUACUUUGAUUUGCAAUGAUGCAGAUACAGCAAAGCGGGUAACAUUUGAUCCUGAGGUGCGCAUCAAGAGCGUUACCUUUGAUGGCGAUGUUUAUGAUCCUUCCGGUACACUAUCCGGUGGCAGCGCACCGAAUUCCAGUGGUAUGCUCGUAACCCUUCAAAAAUUUAACGAGAUUACAAGGGAAAUACGGAGCAAAGAGCGUGUUCUGGCUAGCCUGGAGGAGACAAUGAAAAAGGAAAAGAAGAAACUGGAUGCUGCUCGUUCUAUCAAGCAGGAGUUAGAUCUCAAGAACCACGAGAUCAAACUCACUGAAGAACAGAUCAGCGGCAACUCGUCUUCAUCGAUUAUCCAAGCUGUUGAAGAAAUGAAGGCGAACAUCGAACAAGCCAAGAAAGAUAUCACCGAUGCCAAGGCUCGUCAAAGCGAAGCAUCUAAGGAUAUCAAGCGGAUUGAGAAGGACAUGAGUGAAUUCAACAACAACAAGGAUAGCAAGCUUGCAGAAUUGCAGGCUUCCCUGGACUCUCUUAAGAAGGGCCUCGCGAAGAAUUCAAACUCAGUCAAGAGCCUGCAUAAAGAACUCCAGGGCUCAAGGCUAGAAUCAGAACAGGUUGGAAGCGACCUAUCUGCAGCAGAGGAGCAGUUCGCCGAAUCCGAGAAUACGCUGAAGGCUCAGAUGGAGGAAAUCCACUCACUUAAGCGGGAACAGGCUCGAAUUAAGGAUGCCCACGACAUUACCCAAGCACAUCUUGAAGAUGAGAGGGCCAAAUUGACUGGAUUCGAUGAUGAACUCCGUGACCUGGAACGAACAAUGCAGACGAAGAACUCCCAAAUCACCGAGGAAGGCUUAGAAAUGCAAAAGCUUGGACACCAGUUAGAGAAACUCCAGAAAGAACAGCAGGCUGCGGCGCAGGCAGUGGCCCAUUUGGAAGAAGAGCACGAGUGGAUUGAGGACGAAAAGGACAACUUUGGACGCCCCAACACAGCUUAUGAUUUCAAGAAUCAGAACAUCGCAGAAUGCAAGGCCACCCUACGCAAUGUUACCGAACGCUUCCAAGGGAUGAAGAAGAAGAUUAAUCCUAAGGUCAUGAAUAUGAUUGACAGCGUGGAGAAGAAAGAGGCUGCUUUAAAGAACAUGAUGAGGACAGUCAUCCGCGAUAAAAGCAAGAUUGAGGAGACCAUUCUCAAUCUCAACGAGUACAAGAAAGAGGCCCUGCACAAGACCUGGACUAAGGUCAACGGCGAUUUUGGACAAAUCUUCGCAGAGCUCCUGCCUGGUAGUUUCGCGAAACUGGAUCCUCCCGAGGGCAAGGACAUCACGGACGGUCUUGAGGUCAAGGUAUCUCUGGGUAAGGUUUGGAAGCAGAGCUUGACGGAAUUGAGCGGUGGUCAACGGUCUCUGAUUGCGCUCUCCCUAAUUAUGGCCCUCCUCCAAUUCAAGCCCGCCCCCAUGUACAUUCUCGAUGAAGUUGACGCUGCUCUGGAUCUGUCUCACACACAGAAUAUCGGUCGACUAAUCAAGACCCGCUUCAAGGGAUCUCAGUUUAUUGUUGUGUCCCUCAAGGACGGCAUGUUUCAGAAUGCGAAUAGAAUCUUCCGAACCAGAUUCAGUGAGGGCACCAGUGUUGUACAAGCUCUCACCCCAGCAGACAUGAAAUAAUCGGCUCGAGAUGCGCUUCCUUCUUAUGUUGAUAAUUUGAUAAUUCUUCUCGGGGGUUUCUCAGUCUGGGCACGGUGGUACAGGACUUCUGAUGUGACGGUGUUUUGGGGAGAGUGUAUAUAUGGAUUCUGGAUAAAUUCUUGAAAUUCUGUCUUUAUUGCUAGCUUCUGUUUAAUGAUAUGACAAUGGCAUCACGAGAAC